AUGAACUCCACAGUACUCCCGGAUAUGCCAGGGAUGGACGUCUUGGGGUUGAACCUCUCAAACCCAAGUUCUCAAUUGACAGCGUCCCACCAUGCUCACCCCUAUGCAUCCUCGAUCUCCUCCUCCGCCUCCUCAUCUUCCUCAUCUGUAUUCUCUCUCGAUUGCGUUUCCUCGCAGAGCUCGAUAUCAUCGACAUCGACCAACCCGGUUGACGUGAUUUGGGAGAAUGAGAGUAAUAGCCAGUUGGCGGGAAGAAAUCCGAACGGAGCAUGCCCCCGGGCUUUUGCCAAGGGACCUGCUUCCAAGGUGGACGGUGUAGUGCCAUCCGAGCUGCGAACGCAUCCUCGGCGCACUAACAGUUAUUCUUCUAGCGCUCCCAGUGCGCGCCCUCCGCCAUGUCUGCUACGGCAGUCGGAACGGAAGGUGAACUUCGUCGACAACCUCGUCGACACCGCAUCACAGAUUGUUGAGACCAUUUGGCCCCUUUCCGCCGCGGCAUCCCGUAGUGAUGCCGCGACCGGAUCCAAAGGGGUUCUUCCUCUCCGCACUUUUAUCCAGGAGACACUCCGCCGCUCGCGUACUAGCUACAGUACCUUGCAGGUGGCCUUGUAUUAUUUGAUUAAAAUCAAGCCCCACGUGCCCACGCAUGACUUCACUAAGGAGCAGCCUCGCGAUCAGUCGCCUUUGCGGGCGAUGCAGUGUGGACGUCGGAUGUUCCUAGCAGCGCUGAUUCUCGCUUCAAAGUAUCUGCAGGAUCGCAACUACUCCGCUCGUGCCUGGAGCAAGAUUUCUGGCCUUAAUACUCUUGAGAUUAACCAGAAUGAGCUUAUGUUCCUCAAGGCUGUCGGAUGGCGCCUGCACAUCGAUGAGGCAACCUUUCAGCGUUGGACUGACUUGGUCUUGAAGCUGACCCCUGGUGCCGGUGGACCCCCGGUUGCUAAAGAGUCAGAGCCCAUGACCCCAGUUUCGGCGAUGGGUGGGAUGGAUCUCGGUCUGUCAGAAUACCUCUCGCCUCGUAGUCUGCCAAGCAACGAGUCGGUACGCUCCUUGCCGUGCGAACAAACUCCGACUUACGCUCGGACUCUUCCGCGAACCCUGGAGCCGACUCCGCGCAUGGAUUUUGCCAACUUGGCUUUGCCCAGUGUUCCACGGCCUCUGAUGCUUCCCACGCCACAGAUGACCCCCCAAUCUCAAGUGUCCUCCACUCCUGCUGCGAGUUUGGCUGCUUACAACCCCCGUCGCCCAUCCAUAUGUACGGCUAUGUCUCAGGCGCAGAAUGCGUGCAUGGCGCGAUCAACACUCGAUCAGCGCCCGCCCCUGUCAUUCUGCCCUCGGACUCAGUCGUACGAUGGUUACCCGGCUGCGGCUCGUCGGUCAUCUUUGGCUCGCUCGACCUCCUCGGCAUCGUCGCCUGACUCGAUGGUUUCGGAUGUCUCUACUCUGUCGUCCCGCUCGUCGCGGUCGUCAUCAGUCUCGUCUAACGCCUCGGGUACUUCUGGCUCGGCGCCAGCUCGUCUGGCUGUUAAGGCCACAUUGCGCUGCACAAGCAACUCCCUCAAGGAGUCCCGGAAGACUCUGGCCAUUGCCUCUCCGAUUGAUGAGAGUUGUCUGGUCGGUGUCUACGGCUCUCCUGAAUAUCCUAGUUCCAUGGGUUCUUCGGUCCCAGACCUGUCUAAUUUCCCCCUGGAUUCCAGCCUGAGCGAAGCUGCUCAGAGUCUCUGCGAGCUUUCUGGCGCGACGCCCGAACGGCGCCAGUGCCGAAAACGUGGACGUACUGGAUCCGACGAUCUCUUGCUCCAAAACCAUGUGCGCCAUCUGAUCAACCUCGGCGCCUCCGGAGACCAAUCCGUGUUGCCUGAUGGAAAGUUCCCACGCUCGUUCAUGACGCAACAUGGGUCCUCCAUGACCCCUAUGCAGACUGGCCCAGUCUCUGGACCAGCAGGCAUGAAACGUGCCUGCUGUGGCAGUGAAGCACGCAAGAUCGCGUUGAACCCGAGCCUCCGUGUUGCGGAGUACUUGAAUUAA